AUGGUUAAUUUAUCUAAGAAAUCUCUCACCACAACAAAAAUCCGUAUUUUAGCUAAAGGUUUAAAAUUUACACCUACUCCACGUAGACCCAACACCAAUGAAAUUAAAGAUAACAUUGCAGAAUCCUGUAUAAAACUUCGAUUGUUAAUUCAGAAAUCGAAAACUACUGGGGCCUUUAAAGUAACAAACCAAAAAGAGGAAGAAAUAAUUUACCUCCAUACAACAGCAAUGAAAUUCAUAGCUAUCUUAUUACUAGCGGUUAAUGUAAACGCUAUUUCUGAGAAAAGCAUUCUGCGAUCAAUGUUGCUUCAAAAUUACACGAAAACCGAGAGGCCUGUCCAUAAUGAUGAAGACAUAGUGAAAAUAGAUGUAUUGCUUGAAAUGUUUAAAAUAAUUGAAUUAGAUAUUCAAAAAGGUUUACUUAUCAGCAAAGUUGUGCUUGGUUUAUCAUGGAAAGAUAUCUACUUGCUGUGGAAUGCAACAAUGAAAAAUAUAACUUACAUAAGCGUAAAUGUAGAUGACAUAUGGUACCCCACUGUUUCCAUAUGUAACGAUAUGUCAGGCAAAUUUUCUCUACAUGAAGGAGAAGGGGCCACUGUAAAAUAUGAUGGAUCAGUGUCUUUACAUAUGGAUGGAAUUUUCCAAACUCACUGCACAAUUAAUAUGCUUAAAUAUCCUUUAGAUGAACAUGAAUGUAAUAUUACCGCCUGCUUGGGUCAUCAGGAGAAUAUAGAAAAAAACAUGCAAAGCUUUUCUUUUAACAACUUGCAUAACGCGGCUGCAGAUCAGUGGGAAUAUAAGUUUGCUGUAGGGAACAUUACUGAAAAGGAAAUCAUAUCGGCUAGUGUUACUAUUUUCGCAAAAAGAAAAUUUAUGAGUGAAACAUUAACACACUUCAUAUUCCCAAUAAUGCUGACAAUACUGAACUUAGGGGUGUAUUUAUUGCCUGCUGAAUCGGGAGAGAAGGUUUCAGUUGCAAUCACAAUUUUCCUUGCCAAUGUUGUCUAUCUGACAGAAACGGUCAAAGUAUUGGGCACGAAGUCCCUCGUGUUAUCAAGGUACUUGUUAUAUCUCUUAAUUCUGACACUUGUCAGCGGCUUUUCUACCCUUAUCUCUAUAAUUGGGUGUAAAAUGUAUGUCAACCAGUCUUCAGUGAGAACUAAUAACAUACCAGAAUUCAGAUUUAAACAAACAGGGUCCAAGAAUAAAAUCGGAACAAUUGACCAGCCUUAUGAUGAAAAAUUAAACUUACAAACUACAAUUCACUCUAAGAGACAUCUGUAUGCAUAUCAAAAGCUUGACAUGGUCUUUUUGUUCGGCACUGUUAUAUUUUUGUUAAUCUAUAUGAUUUAUGUUGUAUUAUCUUUAUAG